AUGGAGUCCCAAGGCGUCAUUGGAAAAGUGGAUGAGCCAACGAAAUGGGUUAGUUCCAUCGUAUGUGCAGAAAAGUCCAAUGGUAAACUAAGGAUAUGUCUGGACAAACGAGAUUUCAAUAAGGCAAUCAAGCGAGAGUUCUAUCAACUACCCACGAUUGAGGAGAUCACUACUCGUCUUGCAGGUGCCAAAGUUUUCAGAAAACUAGACUCCAACAUUGGUUAUUGGCAGAUACCACUUGACUCGGAAAGCCAAAAACUGAGAGCUGCAAGACUCAAACAAACAGUCAAGUCCCUGAAGGAUGAGGCCUUGCAGGGCAUGGAUAAAGAGAAACUUCUCAAAGUUAUGACCCCAGACUACCUCUCAUCUGAGGAAUCCGAGAUGGAUGAGGAUGGGGAAGUGAAACACUUUGUCGACCAGCUAGAGGAAGCUAGAGUGCAGAGAUUAACUCCUCAACACAAGAGGCAGAUGAAGAAGCGCGUGGUAUUGGACAUUCCUUCCAAGAGACUGAAGACUGUCCCCGAUUUUGCAGUUGUGGUGGUUGACUCUGGAGGCAAACAUCGCUUCUCUUACACUGGACCUCCAUCAGGAUCAGGACUGCGACAAGGAUUUAAUCCUUCAGCAAUCUGCACAGACGCCCUGUCACAUAUUCUGGUGGUGGAUACCCUCACUGACACUGUACAGAUGAUUGACAAGGAUGGUAACUUCUUGUCACUCCUGUUGACCAAACCACGGAGUAUACAUAUCAAGCGGUACGGGUUGACCUAUGACUACAAAACUCAUCUUCUUUAUGUAGGGAGUGGACCUUCAAAAUUAACUGACAUAGUGUCUGUAUAUAGAUACAUAGAAAGGCAAAACUACUCUCUUAUUGAUACAUAA